AUGCCUCCUCCACGCUUGCCAGCGCUGACACGCCGCGAACAGCUCAUCCGCAGCCCCAUGUUCAACCGCGCCGUCCAGAAGGCAUAUCGGAAGAUCAACAAGCUCCCGCCAAUGGGGCCUGAGAACGGCGGCGGAAGAACCGGCCCCUCUACCCUCGACCACUUCAAGGACGAAUUGAAGGACCAGUUCAGGGAGCUCACCUGGCAGAAACGGCCUCCGAGACAAUGA